AUGGGCAAGAAGCACAAGAAGCACAAGUCGGACAAACGCCUCUACGAGGACUAUGUGGAGAAGCCGCUGAAGCUGGUCCUCAAGGUGGGCGGCAGCGAGGUGACCGAGCUCUCCACCGGCAGCUCCGGCCACGACUCCAGCCUCUUCGAGGACAAGAGCGAGCACGACAAGCACCGCGACCGCGACCGCAAGCGCAAGAAGCGCAAGAAGGGCGAGCGGCAGGCGCCCGGCGAGGAGAAGGGCCGCAAGCGCCGGCGCGUGAAGGAGGAUAGGAAGAAGCGCGAUCGGGACCGUGGGGAGAAUGAGGCAGAAGAGGACCUCCAGUGCCAGGCGCCUGUGCGAUUGGACCUGCCUCCUGAGAAGCCACUCUCGAGCUCGGUAGCCAAGCAGGAAGAAGUAGAACAGACGCCCCUUCAAGAAGCUUUGAACCAACUGAUGAGACAAUUGCAGAGAAAAGACCCGAGUGCUUUCUUUUCGUUUCCUGUAACUGAUUUCAUUGCUCCUGGCUACUCCAUGAUCAUUAAGCACCCAAUGGAUUUCAGCACCAUGAAAGAGAAAAUCAAGAACAAUGACUACCAGUCCAUAGAGGAACUGAAGGAUAACUUCAAGCUUAUGUGUACUAAUGCUAUGAUUUACAACAAACCAGAGACCAUUUAUUAUAAAGCUGCAAAGAAGCUAUUACACUCAGGAAUGAAAAUCCUUAGCCAGGAGCGGAUCCAGAGCCUGAAGCAGAGCAUAGACUUCAUGGCCGACUUGCAGAAGAGCCGGAAGCAGAAGGACAGGGCAGACGCCUCGCAGAGCGGGGAGGACAGCGGCCGCUGGCCGGCGGAGAGGGAGGACGCAGGCGAGACCGACGCACAAGCCUUCAAGAGUCCCCACAAGGAGAACAGGAAGAAGGACAGGGACGCGCUGGACGAGAAGGUGAAGAGCCAGCUCUUGGAGAGGGAGCAGGAGCAGAUCGACCGCCUGGUGCGCGAGUCCGGGGGCAAGCUGACCCGGCGGCUGGCGAACAGUCAGUGUGAAUUUGAAAGGAGAAAGCCAGACGGGACGACGACGCUGGGACUGCUGCACCCCGUGGACCCCGUUGUCGGAGAGCCCGGCUACUGCCCGGUGCGGCUAGGCAUGACCACGGGGCGGCUGCAGUCCGGCGUGAACACGCUGCAGGGCUUCAAGGAGGACAAAAGGAACCGAGUGGCCCCGGUGCUGUACCUCAACUACGGGCCCUACAGCUCCUACGCGCCGCACUACGACUCCACGUUCGCCAACAUCAGCAAGGACGACUCCGACUUGAUCUACUCCACCUACGGGGAGGACGGCUGUGACAUCGCCAGCGACUUCAGCAUCCACGAGUUCCUGGCCACGUGCCAAGAUUACCCGUACGUCAUGGCGGACAGCUUACUGGACGUCCUGACCAAAGGCGGGCACUCCAGAACCCUGCAGGAGUCGGAGACGUCGUCCCCUGAAGAGGAAGGCCAGAGCAGGACCCUCGGCGCAGCCAAAGACACAGAGCAGGUCACCGAGGAGCCCGCGGGGCGGGGGGGCUCCGGCAGCCAGGACAGGCUUGCCGCCCUGGAGGCAGUGGCAAACUUGGGCGCUCCGGUCGAAGUGUUCGACUCUGAAGAGGCCGAGGUGUUCCAGAGGAAGCUAGACGAGACCACCCGGCUGCUGCGGGAGCUGCAGGAAGCCCAGAACGAGCGCCUGAGCGCCAGGCCCCCGCCCAACACCAUCUGCCUCCUGGGCCCCUCGUACCGGGAGCUGCACCUCGCUGAACAGGUGACCACUAACCUUAAAGAACUGGCACAGCAAGUAACGCCCGGCGACGUCGUCAGCACGUACGGGGUUCGGAAAGCCAUGGGCAUCUCCGUGCCCCGCCCCGGCGCAGGGAGCAGCCCGGUGGACCUGACAGAAGAUUCUGAAGAAGCUAAGAUGACGGAUGUUGCUGAGAGUGGCCCCAGUGGGAGUGGAAGCUGA